AUGGCAUCCGAGGUUCGAGUAGGCGUUGGCGUUUUUGUCCUUUACUCCGAUCACGAAAGUUCAUCGAAUCCCCGCUUUCUGGUGGGCAAACGCCUCAACUCCCACGGAGCCGGGACCUACGCUCUGCCCGGCGGACAUCUCGAAUUUGGGGAAACGCCAGAAUGUUGCGCUGCGCGUGAACUUCUGGAAGAGACUGGCCUUGAUAUAUCGGAACCCAAAUUUUUGACUGCUACGAAUGAUUACAUGCCGGCCGAGGGGAAGCAUUAUAUAACCCUAUUCAUGGUUUGCGUGAGGAAAAGCGAGAACGAUAUCCCACGGGUGCUCGAGCCGCAUAAAUGCGAAGGAUGGGAUUGGCUCACCUGGAACGAUCUAUUGUCUCUUGUGGCGAAGCAGAAUCAGGCUGAAGAUGGCGAUGUUUUGGAGAAGCGACUGUUCCUCCCACUUCUGAAUCUGGCACGGCAGCGGCCAGGCAUUGUACCUUCAUUCCCAUGA